AUGAAGAACACGACGCCGGUUGAGCCUGAGGGCUGCAAGCGAUGGGCCCCGGCAAUCAACGCCGUGCUCGUUGCCUUCGUGCUGAUCGUGCCGCCUCUCUUCGUUCUCCUUGGCGGCCGCAAUGGCGAGAAGCCAGCGAUUUGGAUCAAGACGGCUGUGGGCGACUUACGGCGAGGUCCUGCCGAAGUAUCCUUACUGAACGAGAAUGCAGCAGCACACGCUGACAAGCUUCUUGGCGGUCUCUUGGUGGAAGGCUUCGACCAAGAAUCCUGCCGCAGCCGGUACCAGUCCGCCGUGUACCGUCGGAACGCCGGCAAGCAACCUUCGCAGCACCUCGUCUCCAAACUGCGGAGCCACGAAGCCCUGCAAAGGCGGUGCGGCCCGGGCACCGCCGCCUACAUCAACGCCCUGGAGCAGCUCAAGUCCGGCAAGAGCGUCGCGUCACCGGAGUGCAGGUACCUGGUCUCCAUCUCGUACCGCGGCCUCGGCAACCGGAUCAUCUCCGCGGCGUCGGCGUUCCUGUACGCGGUGCUCACCGAUCGCGUCUUCCUCGUCGACCCCAGCAACGGGAUGGACGAGCUGUUCUGCGAGCCCUUCCCCAACACGACGUGGCUGCUGCCUCCGGGCUUCCCGCUCGUCAGCUAUCAGGGCUUUUACCUCUCCACGCCGGAGCGGUACGGGAAGAUGCGAGAGGACGGCGUGCUCAGAACCGGCGAGGUAAACGGGUCCGCCGCCGGAGAGCUGCCGGCGUUCGCGUACAUUCACCUCGACCACAACCAGACGGACCAUGACAAGCUCUUCUUCUGCGACGACGACCAGCGGCUCAUGUCCAACAUCCAGUGGUUGGUGAUGAGGACGGACGGCUACAUCGCGCCGGGCCUGUUUCUCGUGAGGGCGUUCCAGGAGGAGCUCGACGCUCUGUUCCCGGAGCGCGACGCCGUGUUCCACCACCUCGGCCGGUAUCUGUUCCAUCCGACAAACCGCGUGUGGGGCCUCAUCACGCGGUACUACGACGCGCACUUCGCGCGGGCACGGCGCGUGGUGGGCAUCCAGGUGCGCGUCUUCCCGUGGCAGGCCGACUCGCCGGAGCUCCUGGAGCAGAUCAAGACGUGCACGCAGAGCCAGAUGCUGCUCCCGGCGGUGCUGCGCGAGGAAGACGACGAGCCGGCGGCCGCGCCCGGUGGCGCGGUCAAACCCACCGCUGUUCUGAUCACCUCUCUCAAGGCUUGGUACUACGACAAGAUCAAGGGGGCGUACUGGGAGCGCGCGACGGCGAACGGCGAGGUGGUGGUGGUGGACCAGCCGAGCCACGAGGAGACCCAGCGCUACCAUGUCAAGUCGCACGAACGCAAGGCUUGGGCAGAGGUGUACCUGCUGAGCACGACGGAUACGCUGGUCACCACCGCCGAGUCGACGUUCGGGUACGUGGCGCAGGGGCUCGGCGGAAUGAGGCCGUGGGUGCUGAGGAUGGGGAUGAUCAACACCACCGUGAGCUGGCCGUGCAGCAGGGACAUGUCCAUGGAGCCGUGCUACCACGUCGCACCCUUGUACGAUUGCCGGCGACGGGAAGAUGCCGGCAAGAUCGUGCCGCAUGUGCGCCACUGCGAGGACUGGCCCACGGGGUUGAAGCUAGUUGAUCCAAAGGAUUAG